UCGUUGGGGCUGGCUUCCUCAGCGUCGGUAUCUUAUCGUAUGCACCCGAAAACCUCGCCGGACAACUCCCGGCAAGAAAGCUCGCUCUCUCACAGCUGAACUGCGUCCGGCGCACAGACGGAUUUCAACCUCAUUCCAUUAGCCUAACCUAUCCGCUGUUGGGCUCAGAAAUUCCUCCAGUUUUUAUUCCACCAGCCCCCAAAUCGGAUUGUUUUCAGGGCACUCGAGCUGCUUUGGUGGAAAAUUUUUUCACUUGUCUUGGGCUUCCAGUUGCAGAGUAUCACGAAUUUUUGUUGCGAUGGCAAUUUUACUGUUGUGGUUUAUCUAGCUCAGAAUUUCUUUUCAUGAUAGAGAAGGUUGCUAAGAAGGAAGUCUACCUUCCAAUUGUCACUGAUGAGGGACGGCUUGUUGAUUUCCUCACUGAGAAUACACCCACAUGCGUGCACACUUGGUAAUGCCAUUUGAUGGUUUUUGAAUCAAAAAGCCUGUUUUUAAGGGUUUAAUGGAGAAGGAUUAUUUACAAACUCAAAGUUAUGCUGCUGAUAUUUCCUCCAUAAAAGAAGCACAACUCCGUAUUGGUCCAUACAUUCACAAAACCCCAGUUCUCUCAUCAAAUUCUCUUGAUUCCAUAUCUGGGAGACAAUUGUUUUUUAAGUGCGAGUGUUUUCAGAAGGGAGGAGCUUUUAAAAUUAGAGGUGCUUCAAAUGCUAUAUUUUCACUUGAAGAUGAUCAAGCUGCUAGAGGAGUAGUAACUCACAGCAGUGGUAACCAUGCUGCAGCAGUGUCUUUAGCUGCAAAACUACGUGGAAUCCCUGCUUAUAUUGUUAUACCAGAAAAUGCCCCAAAAUGUAAGGUUGAAAAUGUCAAGCGCUAUGGUGGCCAAGUUAUUUGGAGUGAAGCCACAUUUCAGUCAAGAGAGAGCACUGCAAGAAAGGUCCAGCAAGAAACAGGUGCAGUUCUGAUUCAUCCAUUCAAUGAUAAACAUAUUAUAAGUGGGCAGGGCACCAUUUCAUUAGAGUUGCUGGAGCAAGUCCGAGAUAUUGACACAAUAAUAGUCCCAAUUAGUGGUGGAGGGUUGAUCUCCGGUGUGACAUUGGCUGCAAAGACAAUCAACCCUUCUAUUUGUAUUUUGGCUGCCGAGCCAAAGGGUGCUGAUGAUGCAGCUCAAUCAAAGGUAGCAGGAAAAAUUGUGACGCUACCAGAGGCCAACACCAUUGCUGAUGGGCUUCGAGCUUUUCUUGGAGAUCUGACUUGGCCGGUGGUGCGGGAUUUAGUGGAUGAUAUCAUCACCGUAGAUGAUGAGAAGAUUGUAGAAGCCAUGAGAUUGUGCUAUGAGGUUCUGAAGGUGGCUGUGGAGCCAAGUGGGGCCAUCGGUCUUGCUGCUGUUCUUUCGGAUCGGUUCCAACAAAAUCCUGCUUGGAAGAAUUGCAACAAAAUCGGAAUCAUUCUCUCUGGAGGCAAUGUUGAUCUUGGUGUGCUUUGGGAGUCAUUUAGCAAAUGAGUAGUUGAAGUUUUUUCAAUUGAAGUGUGUAACAAGCACAGAGAAAUAACUUCAUUGAAAAUUAUAAUUACAAAAAUUGAUUGAGGGCAUGUAUUGACUGCUAAAUAUGCCAUAACUAUGGUUACCUGAUAUUUCCAGGUUCAGUUCA